ACAGUUAUACCCCACCAUUUUUGUCCCUUUUAACCCUCAUCCCUUUAUAUACAGUACACACAUCACAUUCCACUCAUCAUAUCUUCUUCAAUCUUCCAUUAGAAGUGUUAAUUACUUUUCGACAUGCAUACAAGAGUAGCUGAUGCUUUCAAAGCCCACCCGAUGGUAAAUCAGAAGCAUUUAGACUUAAAAUCCAUGAAAGAAUUGCCUGAAUCGCAUGCAUGGUUAUCACAAGAUGGCUCUCCUUCUUAUGGUUCAUCCAGUUCCGAGCAAGUUCCUGUGAUUAACCUCAAAGAUCCAAACGCCAUGAAGCUUGUGGGCCAUGCAUGCAAGACUUGGGGGGUGUUUCAGGUCACCAAUCAUGGCGUCCCUACAAAUCUUCUUGAAGAAAUGGAGGCUGCUGGUAGAAAACUGUUUGCACUUCCUAUCCAACAGAAGCUUAAAGCUGCUAGAGCACCAGACGGUGUCUCUGGCUAUGGCGUUGCAAGAAUAUCGUCGUUUUUUCCCAAACUCAUGUGGUCUGAAGGAUUCACCAUCAUUGGAUCUCCAUACGAACAUGCUCGUAAACUCUGGCCCAACCGUUAUAGUAGAUUCUGUGAUGUAAUCGAAGGGUAUAAACACGAGAUGAACAACUUAGCUCAAAGACUGAUGUGGUUGAUGCUGGGAUCCUUGGGUGUAACAACGGAAGACGUAAAAUGGGAUGGAUCACAAGGAUCAUGUCCAGCUUUACAGUUAAAUUCAUACCCAGCUUGUCCUGAUCCAGACCGAGCCAUGGGUCUGGCGGCUCACACAGAUUCGACCCUCUUAACCAUUCUUUACCAAAACAACACAAGCGGACUCCAGGCUCACAGGGAAGGAGCCGGUUGGGUGACAGUCCCACCGAUACCUGGUGCCCUUGUGGUCAAUGUAGGUGACCUCCUCCACAUAUUAUCCAACGGGUUGUAUCCAAGUGUGCUGCACCGGGCCAUGGUGAACCGAACCCAACACCGCUUGUCAGUCGCUUAUCUCUACGGACCACCUUCUAAUGUUCAAAUCUCACCUCUUUCAAAACUAACGGAUCAUGUUCACCCACCUCUUUACCGACCAGUUACAUGGAGCGAGUAUCUUGGCACAAAAGCAAAACACUUCAACAAGGCUUUGUCUUCGGUCCGUUUAUGUGUGCCUUUAAACGGAUUCGUGGACGCAAAUGAUCACAGUGGUGUACCAGUUGGUUGAAUGUAUGUAAGAAAGAAUUUUUUUGUCAAUAAUUGGAGGAUAAUAUUGUAUGAAUUUAAAUAGAGGCUAGCGAUAAUAAGAAACGAGCUAAUAUUUUUCAGGGUUUGUCCUGAUAUGUAAGAUAGAUAUCAAAGAAUCUAUUAAGUAUCAAGGUAAACGACACAUAGCCCGACACAUUUAUGCCCCGAAUAUGAAGGAAGAUCCUCCUCCAAAGAAAAGAUAAAUUUGGCUAAAUCAUUGGGUCUAAUACAGGGAGAAAAAGAUGCUUGAAAUGAACAA